AUGCCAUUUGAAGAUAUAGGAAAUAUAGAAUUAUCAAAACAACCAUUACGAACAUAUCAAAGACAAAAAUCAGAAACGUUAAAUACAGUAAAUAUUAAGCACGUAAAUAAUCUGUUAAACACAUCAUUACCAAUAUCAUUAAAGCGGUAUUAUUUCGAAACAUUUGAUUCAAAUAACCAACAUGAAUUCUUUUCUUCAAUUAAAUCAUGCACUUUAUUGCAAAAAAACAAUACAUCUGAAUUCAAAUUUUCUAAAAAAAUGCCUCGCUAUUCUAAAAAAAAACCAUUUACUGUUAAAUCAAAACUUACACAGCUUUGUCUAGACCUUCUUCCUUCUAGAAUUACAUGCCCUGAAUGCAGCAUGUCUUAUACACGUGGGUCAGCAGAUGACGAGCUUAUUCAUAUAAAAUUUCAUGCAGAAUCUAUUGGAGGUAUUGACUACCCAUUAACUAAUUCAAUUAAAGAAGUCUGGAACGAAAAUUUCACUUCAAACAAGAUAAUUAUGAUUGCUAUGUCUUCUCCAUCUCGAGAAAUAAAAAAGGCAAAGGAAAUAUUAAGCGUUGUUGAUUUAGAACUUGGAAGUACAAGCCCAUUUCCUAGUUCUAUGAUUCAACAUGAUUCUCUAAUUAAUCAGUACAAAUUUUUUCUUUAUUUAAAAGGAAAAAAGUGCAUUGGCCUUAUUUUGGUAGAGCCUAUUCAAUCAGCAUAUCCAGUCUGUCCUUCUCCCUCACAAUCAAGUUCUAUUACUUUAGAGUCAGAAGCUUUAUCCACUUAUAUUAUGGGUGUUUCGCGAAUAUGGGUAUGUAAAACGUAUAGGAGGAAAAAGAUUGCGACAAAAUUAUUAGAUACUGCUUGUGAUUAUUUCAUCUAUGGAAUAAAGGUUAAAAAACAUGAAGUAGCUUUCAGCCAGCCUAGUGAAAGUGGAAAACUAUUUAUCGAAAGCUGGGCGGGCAAAAGAUUCAGUGUUUAUGUAGAAAAAUAG